AUGGCUCCUCCCACACAGGGUCUGGUUCCCAACACUCCUGGGCCAUCAUGCACUUUCAAUGAUCCCUCAUCAAUAAUGCCAUCUACUCCAUCUAGUUAUCUUGCUUCUCCUGAUGCCACUAGUGUCUCGGCUCCCUCAUCUGUGUUGACAAGUGUUAGCCGCAGUGCAAAGCGCAGAGCCAGCAACCCUUCAAUGGUUGGAUCUGAGUCGAGCUUUAGUGCCCAAAAACGUACUCGGUCACUAUCUGUGACUGCCCAAGUGCAGAAGGAUGGGACUAAAACAAUGAAGGUGCCCGCUGGUUAUUUUGAUAACUUCUAUGUAACUUACGCAAUGAAGGUUCUCGCUGAUUAUAUCAAAGAGUUUCUUGUAACUUCCCCCAGCAGGCCUCAGCCUGUUGUCACACCCAAUGACCCCCUUGCUCAUGCUAUUGUCUUGCUGUCAGAGCACAAGACUCUUACAGAGGAUGAUCGGCUUGAGAUUGUGGACUACUUUGCUAGGGAGAAGGCGCAGGCUGUGAUUUUUUCUAACUUUCCAAAGACAACUCAAGCUGCCUGGUUGGAGAAAACUCUGCGCAAGCUCAAGUCUGACAGUAGUCCCAACAAUGAUCUAACAAUGUCAAUGGCGUAG